AUGUUAUAUCUUAUAGGAUUGGGUCUAUCACACGAGUCAGAUAUAACAGUACGAGGUCUAGAGACCGUAAAAAAAUGUUCAAGAGUUUAUCUUGAAGCAUAUACUUCAAUAUUAAUGACUGCAAAUCAAAAGACAUUAGAAGAUUAUUAUGGAAGAGAAAUAAUAUUAGCUGAUAGAGAAUUAGUUGAAACUGGAAGUGAUGACAUAUUACAUAAUGCAGAUAAAGAAGAUAUUGCAUUUUUAGUAGUAGGUGAUCCAUUUGGUGCUACAACUCAUACUGAUUUAGUUAUAAGAGCUAGAGAAUUAGGAAUAAAAGUUGAAACUAUACAUAAUGCAUCUGUAAUGAAUGCAGUAGGAGCAUGUGGAUUACAAUUAUAUCAAUUUGGUCAAACUAUAUCUUUGGUAUUUUUCACUGAUACUUGGAAACCAGAUUCAUUUUAUAAUAAAAUAAUGGAAAAUAGAAAAAUUGGAUUACAUACUUUAAUACUAUUGGAUAUAAAAGUUAAAGAACAAAGUAUUGAAAAUAUGGCUAGAGGUAGAUUAAUAUAUGAACCUCCUAGAUAUAUGGAUAUUGCUACUGCAUGUCAACAAUUGAUUGAAAUUGAAGAAAUAAGAAAUGAAAAAGCUUAUACUGAAAAUACACCAUGUGUAGCAGUUUCAAGAUUAGGAUCACCAACUCAAUCAUUUAAAGCUGGAACAUUAAAACAAUUAAGUGAAUAUGAUUCGGGAGAGCCUUUACAUACUUUAGUUAUGUUGGGUAGACAAGUUCAUGAUUUAGAAUUAGAAUACCUUUAUGAAUUUGUUGAUAAUAAAGAAGAAUUUAAGAAAUUUGUUGAAGAAGAUCAAGAGUUCUUCAAACCACCACCAUAUAUCCCCGAAGAAGAAAAUUUAAGUGAUUAA